AAUUACUUCCGGGACGAUUUAAUCAAUGUUUUGGUUAGCAACAAAAUUUUUAAGGAAAUGAAGUUUUUUUUAAGUGUAAUGGCGAAUGCUGAAUAAGUGUGCGCGUCUAUUUUAAAACAUUUGUUUUUACAGAAAUGAGGCGACAAUAAGGUGAUGAGGAGGAGUAUCUAAAUGUAUGAAAAAUUGGAUUACUACUAUCACUAUCAUUAUUAUUGACAAUAAUAUUAAUAUUAUAUUAUUAUAAUCAUUGCAUUAUUAUUAUUAUAUUUAUAUUAUUGAAUAAUAUAAAUAUGAUAAUAAUAAUGCAAUGAUUAUUAUUAUUGUCAUUGUGUUUUCACUUUUCACUUUCUAAAUUCUAAAUCUAGAAGUCUAGUAGUCUAGAUAUGCGGCAAGAAAUGUCAAUGACUUGCGGACGCCCCCUUUUCCUGGCUUCAUUUCAGCCAGUACAUUUAUUUCAUGGCGAACCAAGAAACUUUAUUGAAUUGUAUCCCUCUAGACUCUAGAUAUUAUUUAUGCCAUGCAACAAGAAGUGUCAAGGACAUGCUGUUACAGUCACUUCCUUCCCUCACCUAUAACAUGUGUGCUACAGCUACACACUGUGCUGAUAAAAGUGUUAAAAUAAAGAAAAACAAUACAGUACAGAACAAUAUCUUUUUAGGUAAAUCAGGAGAAUAGUACCCGCGAUGGCCGUCAUCUUGGUUGACACAACCAGUUAAUACUGUCACUAAAACUAUCCCUAAAUCGAUCCCAAGCCUAACCUAAACCCUAAAUCGAUCCCUAUGCCUAACCUGAACCCUAAAUCGAUCCCUCUACCUAACCUGAACCCUAAUUCACUGCAACUAUAAUAAACACACAAAUGACGUCAUGGGUACCGUACUCCUGAUCAGCCUCUUUUUAUAAUAAUGAAAACUUAACUUACAAAGGACACAUUUUAUUUCAGGUGCCACCAAAAAGAAAAAAAAAAUUGUCUGAAAAAUCAUUACCCAUCAAAAGAUGCCAGAAAAUUUAGCCUCAUUUUAAAUCUCAUUUUAAAUAUUAUAAUUAACCACCCCAUUAAAUAUUAAUUUACAACAUUCCAUCUGCGUAUGAAUAUUAAAAAACAGGAAAAUGUAACUCUAGUAACAAACCAUGAAUAAACAAAAGGACAAAAGGUAGAAAAUUCUACACAGAAACUCAAAGUGGCAAGCCAAACUAAUAUUGGCCUCAAGUUGCUUCGUUGGCCAUUGGCACAUUCUCUCUCUUUCCCCACCCCAUUUUAGUAUAGGUAUGUUUGAACUCCUCUUUUUUUUUUUUUUACACGGCUGCCAUCUUGGUUGCCAUUACACUCUGCCUUCAUGGCAAUCAAGAUGGAAGCUGGGAGAAAAGAGUGGUGUGCCAAACCUACAUUACCAAUCAUUAGAUAGCCUCCACUAUUCUAGACUAAAACCCCACCCCAUUUUAGUAUAGGUAUGUUUGAACUCCUCUUUUUUUUUUUUUUUACACGGCUGCCAUCUUGGUUGCCAUUACACUCUGCCUUCAUGGCAAUCAAGAUGGAAGCUGUGAGAAAAGAGUGGUGUGCCAAACCUACAUUACCAAUCAUUAGAUAGCCUACACUAUUCUAGACUAAACUAUGACUAUUAUUAUUAUAUUCUUAUACCAUACAAUAACUUAAGUUAAAUUAGCUUUAAGCCUAAGAUGUAAAUUCAUAAUAGAAACUGAAUGAAUGAAGGCUUAGGGCUUAAAAGGCUCCUGAGCAAAGCUGAUUUGGGGGGAGGGCAUCUCAGAAUUUUUUUUGAUAAUUUCAAAAUGCAGGGAUGCAUCUUUAUAUCAAUGCUUAGUUUUGUCAACAAAAAAAAAAGGUGCCACUACUCAGGCAUGGUCAGGUCACCUAAACAAUUAACUCUGCUAAAAGGGUACUGUUAUAAAAUAGUCUUCUAAUGCUAAUGGGAAUAUUUGUAACUGCCUGAAACACAACUUAUAAAUUGUAACAUACUAACUUGAAGCAAUUACCACUCUUUUUAUUUGAUUUGAAUAUCUAUAUAGAGUGCAGUGGUGUACCUAGGUGGUUACCCUUCAAGGUUUCUUUAAUAUAUUAUUUUCCUACCAACAUUAAUAAUAGAUAGGUAAGGUCACUGAAAGAAUGGGAACAUUUUAUGAGGAGAUCAAAAUCUCAAAACUUGUUCGUGUUAGAGACAUGAAAAUGGGGAUUUAGAUUUCAUUAAAAAUAAUGAAAUGUAAGUUUUUGCAUUUUCCUUAGUGUACAUAUAUAUAUAUAUAUAUAUAUAUAUAUAUAUAUAUAUAUAUAUAUAUAUAUAUAUAUAUGUAUAUUUUUAUAUAUAUAUAUAUAUAUAUAUUUUGUGUGUAUAAAAUAUAUAUUUCUAUUUUUUAUAAUUUAGAUUUCAUUAAAAAUAAUGAAAUGUAAGUUUUUGCAUUUUCCUUAGUGUACAUAUAUAUAUAUAUAUAUAUAUAUAUAUAUAUAUAUAUAUAUAAAUAUAUAUGUAUAUGUAUAUUAUUAUAUAUCUAUUUAUAAAUAUAUUUUGUCAGUAUGAAAUAUAUAUUACUGUAUUUUAUCAUGUCCUGAAAAUACAUUCAUGAUGCAAGAAAUGAUUAAUAGAUCUGAAGUUCUACAUCUAUUUUUUAAAUACUUUGGUUUCUCAUUACUUUGCGAAAAAAUAUCAGAAAAUACUCAACUAAAAACAAUAAUUUGUAUAUUUCAGAUACAGAUUUACUGCUGAAAAAUCAAGUAUUGAGUGCAUUCUGACAAUGGAUAGUGAUGUAAGAGAAAUGUUAAAUUGUUCACUAGAAAUAGUUUAAUGAUUUCCUCUUUGGCUACUGUGCUUUCUAAAUUUUGAAUGAACUGAAUGCCAGAGAAUGAAUUUUAAAUAGUACAGUCAGAACACUCUUUAACUUCAAAACUAAUAAAUAUUUUACUUUGACUAUAAAUAGAAAAGCAAUGAAAGAAAAAUAAAUUAGAAUGCUUUUUAUUAAACAUUGCACAAUAUAUAUGUCAAUAUGGGACUGAACUAAUGAAAAUUUAAAAUAUCAGCCCAUGAUUACCUUAUUUUCAACACCCAUUGAGGGAAUUUCUAAGAAAGUCUUACUCUUAAACAGUAUAGGCAUUCUGGGAAGCUCCAAGACAAAAGAAUAAUAUAUCAGGGACUGUGUUCCACUAUAAAGCCCAUGAGCUUCAAGAGGUAGUGAAGCCUAAUUAAUGGGGAUAGCUAGUGUAGAUGUCUAUAGCUAAUGGAAUGAAGGAGCAGAAAUUAUUCUUCAGAAAAUGAUACUAUCAAAAAAUCAUUUUUUUAAAAUUUAUUUCUUACAUUAAAGGCAGAAUUUAUUUUUUAAAUGGCUAAUAAAUUUUAAUUCAUUUUUCAUUGAAUUUCAGUUAAUUGUAAAAAUGCAUUAUUUAAAAUUACAAUGAUAAUUUGUGAACUUUUGAUGGAAUUAAAAUUGUUUUGUUGGUUUAUGACUAUAAUUUUUUCUAAUUCUAUUUAUUGCAGAACCCAUUAGCUAGACUUCAGAUGGAGAAGCUUUACCAUCUGUAUGUUGAUGAACAGAUGACAAAACAUGUACCCACCUCAAAUAUUGCUUCGUAAGUUGAUGAACAUUUUACACUUGGCUUUACUAUUUUUAUGUAUUCAUCAUAUUUAGACCUUUUAUCAUAGAGAAUACCUUAUCCAGAUCCCAGAAACCAAGGCAUACAGUUACCCAGAAAAGAGGCAUACUGAUUUUAAAAAUUAGCAUUCCAAAAAUCCCCAGCGCCCCCUUAGGUAAUCCUAUGCCCCCCACCUUCCCCCCCCCCCCCAAAAAAUGUAGUAUUCACCCUUCAAAAGCUUCGACAGACUCGCAUAUUCUUUCUGUUCCCAGAACACACACUAAAACAAAUGGUGAACAAUCUUUCUCUUUCUGUGCCCCAAAACAAUGGAAUUCUCUCCCUUAAGACAUCCACAAAAGAACGACUAUCACAGCCUUUAAAACUGUCCUCAAGACCCAUCUUUUUCAACACUUAGUGAUGUUAAUGGUGCAAGCUAAUAAAUAAGCUCCAGUUUAUUGAACUAAGCUAAGAAAUAAGCAUAAGCUCCAGAUUACUGAACCAAACUAACAAAUAACCUCUAGAUUACUUAACUAAACUAAGAAAUAAUUUCCAGAUUACUGAACCAAACUAAGAAAUAAGUUCCAGAUUACUGAAACAAACUAAGAAAUAAGUGCCAGAUUACUGAACCAAGCUAAGAAAUAAGCUCUAGAUUACUGAAAUCAACUAAGAAAUAAGCUCUAGAUUACUGAAAUAAACUAAGAAAUAAGCUCUAGAUUACUGAAAUAAACUAAGAGAUAAGUUCCAGAUUAUUGAACCAAACUAAGAAAUAAGUUCCAGAUUACUGAACCAAGCUAAGAAAUAAGCUCCAGAUUACUGAAAUAAACUAAGAAAUAAGUUUCAGAUUACUGAACCAAAUUAAGAGAUAAGUUCCACAUUACUGAACCAAGCUAAGAAAUAAGUUCCAGAUUACUGAACCAAACUAACAAAUAACCUCUAGAUUACUUAACCAAACUAAGAAAUAAGUUCCAGAUUACUGAACCAAACUAAGAGAUAAGUUCCAGAUUACUGAACCAAACUAAGAAAUAAGCUCCAGAUUACUGAACCAAACUAAGAAAUAAGUUCCAGAUUACUGAACCAAACUAAGAGAUAAGUUCCAGAUUACUGAACCAAACUAAGAAAUAAGCUCUAGAUUACUGAACCAAACUAAGAAAUAAGUUCCAGAUUACUGAACCAAACUAAGAGAUAAGUUCCAGAUUACUGAACCAAACUAAGAAAUAUGCUCCAGAUUACUGAAACAAACUAAGAAAUAAGUUCCAGACUACUGAACCAAACUAAAAAAUAAGCUCCAGAUUACUGAUCAAGGCGAUUUAACAUUGAAAAACUGAUAUCACCUUGCAAAGCCCAUUUAACUCAUAAGUAACAUUUAAACAGUGAAGAAAUUUAGUUUAAAAAAUUAAAUGUCAUAUACAAAUUUCUUGAUUUAUAAUUAUGGUACUUGAAAAGUUGUGAAAUGCUGUUGUGGGAUCAAGAUAAUCAACUUUAUUUGUAAAAUGUUCAAAUAUUUUUUACACUUUUUCAUUUUAUUUUUGUUAUAAUCGUCUUUAAAGAUGUUGCGAACCUAUUAUUCUGAACAUUUAUUUCAAUGGGCUAAGAUUGUUUGGAAGGGCGGUGGAAGGGUGCAGUGGAGGUGGGUAAAAAAAGGUUUGCCUUAAAUAAAAUCAUGCUUAGCCUAAAGUUAGUGUAAGCAAUAUUAUAUUUUAAAAUAAUUAAUAGACAUUAAAAAUAUGCUUACAGACCAACAUUCUUGUUAAGAACUAAUCUAAUCAAAUAAGAAAAAGAGCAGACCAUCAAGCCAGAGCUCUUUAGGACUUCCCCAACAUAGCCCCCCUCCCCCCCAGCCCUACUAAACCUAAUCAGGCAGCAAAGCGGCAUCCUGGGAGCUCUCCGCUGCCGGGAAAGCACCACCCCCCAUCCCCUCGAUUGAGCAAGCAAGUGGGGCGUCACUGAGUAGCACCUGGCCGACUGGAGGUGCUGUUCUCACAGCACAAGCAACCGAAAUUUCUUGGAACUGUGAUGGAUAUAUUUUAAUGUCCCUAAAAACCCUUCCCAUCCGCGGUGGCAUCAGACGUCCUCUAAUAGGUUUCUACUCUGUGAAUACGUCACAUCACAGCUGGGAUUAAACAGUUGCCUAGGAAAAGUCCCUUCAAAGGCUGUAUAAUAGAAUCAUCGUCAUGGGCUGCCACAACCCACCGAUUCUUCAAACUCCAUUAACAGCAACAUUUAAUCACAUCCCGACCUUUUUAUAGUGUUAUUCUCAACUGCACUGGGUAGUUACCAUGUAGCUGUGCUCUUCCUAACGCAGAUUCCAUAUAAAACCUUUGUCUCUCAUGCGCAGGUCACCUACCUGGUGAAAUUAUGACCCAGAUAAUGCCGGGGGGGUCGGUGGCAGCGCCUCUUAAUAGACAUGCCAUAAUGGGAAUUCCCUAACCGACGUGUUGACUAGAGCCCUGGGGGAGGGGGGGGGGGGCAUUGUUAAGAUAAAACAAAUGGAUUAGUAAUUGUUGUUCAUUAUUAACUGAAAGGAUUUCAAAGCGUUUAACUGAAAUGAUUUCAAAGCGUUUAACUGAAAUGAUUUCAAAGCGUUUAACUGAAAUGAUUUCAAAGCGUUUAACUGAAAUGAUUUCAAAGCGUUUAACUGAAAUGAUUUCAAAGCGUUUAACUGAAAUGAUUUCAAAGCGUUUAACUGAAAUGAUUUCAAAGCGUUUAACUGAAAUGAUUUCAAAGCGUUUAACUGAAAUGAUAUCAAAGCGUUUAACUGAAAUGAUUUCAAAGCGUUUAACUGAAAUGAUUUCAAAGCGUUUAACUGAAAUGAUUUCAAAGCGUUUAACUGAAAUGAUUUCAAAGCGUUUAACUGAAAUGAUUUCAAAGCGUUUAACUGAAAUGAUUUAACAGCGUUAACUGAAAUGAUUUCAAAGCGUUUAACUGAAAUGAUUUAACAGCGUUGACUGAAAUGAUUUCAAAGCAUUGACUGAAAUUGUCAGUGGCACUAAUUCAGGGGCCAGUUACCUUUUUUGUGUGGUGGUCAUUUUUUUUCACAUUUAAACUUGGAUGCUAUGAUACAACAAACGUGGAUGCCAUGACCCUAAAAACUUGGACUCCAUGACACUACAAACUUGGAUGCCAUGACACUACAAACUUGGAUGCUAUGAAACAACCAACUUGGAUGAUAUGAAACAACAAACUUGGAUGCUAUGACACAACAAACUUGGAUGCUAUGAUGCAACAGACUUUGGAUGCCAUUCACUUCCGGAAAUGGCUGCAAGCACUGUAACUCCAAGAUUAGACUCUCAAGCCAGUCACAGAAGUUUAGACAGAGAGCUGUGAUCUCACAAAGCUGGACUACAAAUUUAAGAAAAAAAUACCACACACCAUUCUCUUGAUCUCACUAAGAUGGACUACAAAUUUCAGACAUCAAAUAUCACACACAAAACUCUUGAUCUCACAAAGCUGGACUACAAAUUUCAGACAUCAAAUACCACCCACCAUUCUCUUGAUCUCACUAAGAUGGACUACAAAUUUCAGACAUCAAAUACCACACACCAUUCUCUUGAUCAGGAGUUGGAUCUGUUCUGUGAAACUUUCACUUUAUUUAUUUUGUUUAUUCAGAAAAAUCUUAAAAAUCGUUUCCAGUCUUCCCAGUCAACUUUGUUUCUGAUUUAAAUAUCUGUUUAACUUGCUUUUUACCAUCCUUUCCUGAUACACACAUUUAAUACUGGGAUAAUAUUUAUGUCAGCAUCAGGUACUCUUCUCAACAUUUAUAUGUAUUUCACAACACCACUAGAGGCUCAUUGAGGUAGCCCAAGGUGCAGGGCAGGCCUAUUGAAAUCCACUGCGGAGAACAAUGAUUAUGGUUGCCAUUGCAAUUUAAAUGUGUGCAUAAAGAUAAAUCAUAUAAAAACCUGGUACAAAUAGGUGUAUCGAUAUGGGAAUACAAAUCUGAAAUCAUUAAACCCUGGUAUGAAGUAUUGGAAAACUCAUCAAUUGGCACAUAUAAUAUGGACAAAUGAAUUAAGUAAAUAUACAGAUCUCAAAUAUUUCCUUGUUUGUUAUCCCAAAUAAUGAUUUGGGAUUUCUCUAUUUGUGUUGUCAAAUAAUUCAUUUCCUAGUUUGUUAUAUUAUGCCAUUAUACAAUUCUUUACUAAAGAUACUAAAUAAUUUAUUUAAUUUCUUUAUGUGUGAUACUAAAUGAAAAUGAUUCAUUUCCUUGUUUCUGAUAUUACAUGAUUCAUUUUUUGUGUGUUUAUGAUGCAAAAUAUGUCAUUUCCUUUUGUUUUUAUUAUCAGAUUCAGCUAUUUUUGCUCUCAACUUAUUAACCACUGGAAGCCUGAUGGGUCAAGAAACCUAUCAGCAGGUCAAAAUGAUUCAUUUCAAAGUAACAGUAGUAAUCCUGAGUUAGGACAUCACUUAACAGACUUUGAGGUUGCUACUAGUUUGAAUUACCAACCACAAUCAGACCAAAUUUCUGUGAGGACUAAAGUGAAGAGCGAUACAGAUGCUGCUAUUGUUAUUCAAAGGGCUUGGAGAAGGCACAUUGUACGUUUGUAAGGCACAUUGUACGUUUGUAAGGCUCAAUGUAUGUUUGUCCAGUUUAUUCAAAUAAACUUGGGAACCUUUCAUCAUUCAUGUCAUUGCACUAAAUUUGUAAAUUGCUUAUAUUACUCAAGCAUGGAUUGCUUAUUCAGAAAUUCAAGGAAUAUAACAAUGAUUAAUUAGAUAAUUUAUCCAUAUAUCUUACACUCAGUACCAGUAAAUGGCCAUAUAUCUUACACUCAGUACCAGUAUAUGGCCAGUGCCGUCUUAAGGCACGGGAUCACUGGGCAGUUGCCCAAGGCCGUGCACAUCAAGGGGCAUCAAGUUGCCCAUAUUAUUAAUCAUUAUUGAAAGAUCUUAAGGCUUUUAAAUAAGCUGUCAAAGUGGAGUGGGAAGCAGGUUGCCAAGUUUUUGUGUACAAUUUUUUUCGAUUUUGAAACCAAUUCCAUUUUUAUGGGAGGCCCAUUUGUUUGAGAAAAAUUCAGCCAAUUAAAAAAAAAAUCCAGUGAUUUUCUGGGAAUGGUGAAAUGUGUUGGUUUAAUGGGCCCUACAUAAAACAGCUUUAGUAUAGGGGACAUACGCUCAUUCAAUAGUAAUUUAUUUGAAGAAUCGUGACUUUUGGACGCCCCCUGCCAAUUUUAGGUUUUGGGACCGCUGCAUUCAAACUUAAGAGCUUAAAUUUAUUUCCACAUCACAAUUUCUACCCUUUAAAUAUCCGAGGCCCCUCUGUAGCUGUAAGGGUUGCAGGGAUUAUGCAACUUCUUUGGUUAAACUCUCUGUAGUUGUAGGGUUUGCAGCGAUAACGCAACCGCUUGUGUUAUAGUACCUUCUGCAGCUGUAGGGUUUGCAAGGAUUAUGCAACUGUUUUGGUUAUAGUAGUCUCUGUAGAUGUAGGGGUGCAGGGAUUAUUCAACUUCUUUUUUUAAUAUACUCUUUGUAGCUGUAGGGUUUGCAGCGAUAAUGCAACCGCUUGUGUUAUUGUACAAUGAAAUUCCAAAUAAAACUUUCAAUUUACUUAAUCUUUUGGGAAAUUAUAGCCUACUGCUUCAUCUUCUCUCAGAUGAUUCUUAUUUUAAUAAAUAUAAUCUAUAAAAAAUAUUCAGUUUUAAAUAGCCAUAAAAAUCCAUAGACCUUUUCUAAAAAACCAAUACUUUCUGUCUUUUUUGUUUCUGUAACCCUUGCAAAUAUUUAGUUUUAAAAAAGUGGUAGAAAUUAUAAUCUAUUUCUUGUGUGUUCAACAUGAUGUGAGCUAUUCAUGGAACAGAUUUUUUUAAAGGAACUACUUUAAAAACAAAAUCAUUUAUUAAAGAAGUAGUGUAAUAAAAAUAUUUUGAAGAAAGAACUAUUAAGUAACAUUACUACUUAGAAGCAAUAACAAAUAAGCGAUUUGUAUCAACUAAACAAGUUAAAGGGACAACUAAAUUUCCUCUAGCAUCUCUUCUGUAGAUCACCGAUUAAAUAAUGGGGACAAAAUGCACCCAUGCAUUUUGAAUUUUGCAAAAAAUUUUCUGGAAGAUUGGGCAUUGAUUUUCUUAACCUUAAAAAAUGUCCAUUAGUUUGCUAUAUGUAAUUGGACUGUUACUAUAUAUAGUUGCACUGUUGCUAUAUGUAGUAGGACUGUUGCUAUAUGUAGUUUGACUGUUACUGUAUGUAGUUGGACUGUGACUAUAAGUAGUAGGACUGUUACUGUAUAUAGUUGGACUGUUACUUAUAGGUGCAUUGGACCCCUUCCCGAAUGUCUGAAAAGCAACACCCAACACACUAUGGGCCUGAUGAAAUUGUCUAAAAGAAACUUUGUUAAUAACGCCUGGGCCCCAAAUGCUUUAAUUAACAUUAAUUGAAUAUUUUGGAGAGGAAUGAGGGGGGGGGGGGCCUCAGUGCAGUACUUUGCCCCGGACACCCAAAGCUUUUAAGAUGGCCCUAUAUAUGGCCAUGUAGCAUAUGUCCUGUACCAGUAUCUGGGCAUGUAUCUCACUUAAUCCUAUGUAUGUAUAUAGCCAUAUAUAUUACAUCCUGUAACAGUUUCUGGCAAUAUAUCGUACAUCAUGUACCAGUGUAUGGCCAAAUAUCUUAUAUCCUGUACCAGUAUAUGGCCAUAUAUCUUACAUCAUGUACCAGUAUAUGGCCAUAUAUCUUACAUCAUGUACCAGUAUCUGCCUAUGUAACUUACAUCCUGUAUGGUAUAUGACAGUUUAUAUUAAUACCUUCUCUACGGUAUAUGGUAAAGUAUCUUAGUUCAUUCUGUGCUGGAUGAUCAACUUUAUAUAUAAUCAGGGUUUAACAAAGUUUAACAGAGUUUAUUAGGGUUUAAUAGGGUUUAACAAGGUAAAUAGGGUUUAACAGAGUUUAACAGAGUUUAACAGGGUUUAACAGGGUUUAACACGGUUUAAUAGGGUUUAACAGAGUUUAAUAGGGUUUAACAGACUUUAACAGACUUUAAUAGGGUUUCAUAGGGUUUAACAGAGUUUAACAGGGCUGCAAAUCUUUGAAUUAAUUUUCAUUAUCUCAUUUUUCAUUUCUUUCAUUAAAAAUGCCAGGAUCUGAUCAAAUGCUGUAUUCUCAUUCCCAUGUUUAUUUUGCUAUGCUUUAUCCUCAUUCCCAUGUUUAUUUUGUUAAGCUGUAUCCCAUGGGUGGGCAAACUUUUUGUGCAUAGGGCAUAUUUACAAAUGGAAAGCUAUUGGGGGGCUGCAUAUAUAUUAUGACCACUUUGGUUACAGCAACCUGUGACAAUGAGGAAUUUUGAAUUAUUUAUAGGUUAUUUUUAAAAGUAUAAAUAACCAAUUAUUGCUAUUUUAUUUUUCUUAUACACUUAUACAUUUUAUUUUACAAUGUAGACAAACUUUUACUAAUUUGUUUACAAGAUUUUACACAUUUUUUAUUAUAAUAAAAAAUAUAUUAUCUGUCAAUGGCUUUAUUUUAGGCACAAACCGACUACAUACCGGUAGUCUAAACAAUCAUAACGGGACAUGAAAUUCUGUAAAAUCAACAAAAUAACUUAAAAACGAAGCAGCAUUUCUUAUUUCUAAUAAUAUCAGUUGUUGGGAUGCAUGUGCCCCGCGGGCCGUAGUUUGCCCACCUCUGCUGUAUCCUCAUUCCUCUGUUUAUUUCGAUAGGUGUUCUCAUAUUUGAUCUCUAUUGCUCUUGCUUGGAAAAAGGUGGGAUAUGUAAUUGUUAAGAAAAAUGUGUUUGAAGUGGAAGUAAAAAUAUUUCACACAUGAAUUAACAAAGGUUGAUCUGUUGGGUUGAUAUAAAUUAACAAAGGUUGAUCUGUUGGGUCUAUCUUUAUAGUUUUAAAACAUUGUGUCUUAGGACAUGCAAGUUUACGAGUACUACAAAGAUCUCAUUAACUUCAAAUCUCGUGGAAAUCCUAGUGCCAUGCUGAGAUGUAUCAACCCUAAUGAGGCCAAGCUUUUGGAUGCUGCUGCAGGGAUCAAUAUUAGGUUUAGGCUGGCUGGGGUAAGAACAUUAUCUUAUUACAUUUAGGGUAAUAAGGGGAGAGACUGCAGUCAUGUUAGCACAAUGUAGAAUGAAUAAAACAGAGUAGGGUUAAACCUGAAAAAAGAAUUUAGGCUGGCUGGGGUAAGGGCAUUUUCAUAAUACAUUCAGGCUAGUGUGGGGGGGUGGGGGGGUGGGGGUUAAGUAUGGAAUAUUAAUUGAUUUUAAUUAACGUCUUAUCAAAAUAAAAAAAAUGUCUAAAAAUUUUGUUUGGAUUCCAAAGUUUUCAAUUUAGUAACGUGUUAACUUUUAUUUUAUUUUUUUUUAGAUCCAUUUAACUGUCCUUUAAAGUCUAUUUAAUCUAACUUACUUUAGUAUAAAGUUAAUUUUAUUUUAUUCAAACUUACAUAAGUAUUAAGUCAAUUUAGUUUUAAUCGAAUAAAGUUUAAUAUAAAUUAUUUUUAAUUUAACCUACUUUAUUAUAAAGUCUUUUUAUUCUAAAUUACUUCAGUAAAAAGUCAAUUUAAUUUUAAUAAAACUUACGUUAAUAUAGGUCUCUUUAAUCUGGCUUACUACGUUAGUAUAAAGUCAAUUUAAUUUUAAUAAACCUACUUUAGUAUAAAGCCUAUUUAAAGGAGAUUCAUGUCAUAUUUAUGCUUAAAAUUCAUGCUUUGCUCUUCAAAAAUUAAUUUCAUUUUUUUUUUUUUGCAGGAAAGCUUUCCACCAAAUAUUUACUACAAAAUCUUCACUAACCGUCCAAUCCAAGAUUUAUGUGCCAACAGUCCUAAAGACUAUACUAGCCCACAAUCUAAAAAACUUACAGCUAAAGAUGUCCAUAACAGGGUUCGAGUUCAGAAAAUCAAUCAGGAAGGUCAUUUAAUGUUUUUUAAAAGUUAAAAAAAAAUAUAAAGAAAGUUUAUUUUAAAAACUUUGUUGAUAAACCGUUAAAUAUUUGCAAUCAAUGUGUACUGCCAAGACUUUACACUGAUCAACUACUGUUAAAACUGUGAAAUUGUUUACUUUAUUGCAGAUAAAAAUGGUUGGUACAAAAGAAAAGAAAACAAUGGUUGGAGAUUGGUGUCUGACAGACUCAUACAUCACAUCAUGAAUGACCCAGUCACCUGGGACACUUCAAAGAAAGAAUACCAUUUUGAUCACAACAAAGUGAGUGUAGGUUUAAGCCAGAAUCAAUCAUAAAUAACCUGUUAACCAACACUUAGCUUUUUUUUACCUCUUCAAAUCUAUUGAUGCAGACAUUAUUAUCAUCUCCACUGGCAAUAGACGGGACAUAUUGUAUACCGAAUGAUUAAUAAGCACAGUUACAUAGAAAUAGAUAAAAACAUUUUAAUUUUUCUGAUUCUCUUAACAAUAAUCACUAGAUAAAACUUAGUAAAACUACUUUUUCUCCCCAUGUCAGUUCAAGAGGAAGCAAGACAUUGAAAGAAGGAAAAAGGAGAAAAAAAUUGAAUGGAUGCAGAAACUGUAAGUUGCUGAAUACAUUUUUAAAGUUUAAAAAUUGUCCCAAACACAUGACGUAAAAAAAAAAUGACUGGCCACUUGCAAUCUACACAAAUGUAUAAUAUUAGAUUAAUUACUAAUUUGGCAAGAAAAAAAAGACAGAGUGCUAAAACAAAUUUGCAGAGGACUCUGUACACAUGCACCAGAAUUGGAAACGAAAGUGACUGGAACUGUGAAACAAAUUUUUUUUGGACAAGAUCUUUUCUCAGAAACACUUCACAUAUUGUUCAGAUAAGAUAAGCUUAAAUAAGAUAAAAUAACUUUAUAUAAGAUUAGAUUAGAAAAGAUACAAUUUUUUUAUAGAUCCAAAUAAGUGGCAAUGUGUUUUAAUUACAUAAGUAAAUAUUCAUGUUUUGCAUGUGGAUAAACAUUCCAAUUAAGACGAGAAUUUGAAAACUAGACCAAUUUAAAUGUAUGACAUCAAGUAUUUAUGAAAAACAAAAAUCAGCCAUCAUAUUUCAUAAAAUUCAAUCCCUUCAUGAUAAUAUUAACUAUUAGGUUGAUUAUUUGAUUUUAUAACAGCAUGGAAGAAUACUGCGAAAUUCUGACAAAUUGUGAAACAAAUUAAUUUUUAUAUCAAUCCAUCCUUGCUUUGAGGGAAAUAAUUCACCCUGAUUAAGGUGAUCUUAGAUAACUGCAAUGAAGUGGGUUGAUUGAACUGAUCAUAUGUUACUGCAAUGAAGUUUUUUGAUUAAUGUAAUCUUAAAUACUGCAAUGAAAUGGGUUUAUCGAUGUGAUCUUACGUUACUGCAAUGAAGUAGGUUGAUUGAUGUUAUCUUAUGUUACUGCAAUGAAUUGGGUUGAUGGAUGUUAUCUUAUGUUACUGUAAUGAAGUUGGUUGAUGGAUGUGAUCUUAAGUUACUGCAUGAAGUAGGUUGAUGGAUGUGAUCUUAAGUUACUGCAAUCAAAUUGGGUUGAUGCAUGUUAUCUUAUGUUACUGUAAUGAAGUUGGUUGAUGGAUGUGAUCUUAAGUUACUGCAUGAAGUAGGUUGAUGGAUGUGAUCUUAAGUUACUGCAAUUAACUCGGUUCAUGGAUGUGAUCUUAAGUUACUGCAAUGAAGUUGGUUGACGGAUGUUUUCUUAUGUUACUGCGAAGACGUGGAUUGAUGGACGUGAUCUGCAUUUUUAUUUAAAUAAUUCUUAAAGUGAAAAUAGUUUUGUUUGUGUGACACUACUAGCUUUCUUGGUACUAAAAAGUCUAUUUAAUUGGUUUUUGAUGACAAACAUUGAAUCCCCCCAAAAGCAGGUAAUACUGUAGUUUUAUAGACUUCCAAUUGUUGCACUGAAUAUGUUAAGAAUGCUUUAUUAAUGUCGAAAUUGUAUAAUUUAUUAAGAAGGAAAGUUUCUGGUUGGCUUUUUUAUAUACAUUUGGCCAUGGUCAUAACACAUUAGUUUAUUAUUAUUGGUGAAUCCUUCAUACUUAUACGAACUUACAGCAAUGAAUUGAUGCUUCAGUCUUAAAAUGAUUAAAAUAACACUUUUACAUCUGAUGCUAGUUUUAUAAAAUUUUACAUCUGAUGCUAGUUUCAUAUACUUUAACAUCUGAGGCUAGUUUCGUACAUUUUAACAUCUGAUGCUAGUUUCAUAAACUUAAACACAGGGGUCUCAAACUCAAAUUAUCCGGGGAUGCAAGAAGUCUGAGUCUGAGUGAGACUGGGCUGCAUCAAGUAUUCCACAAAAAAGCGAUUACAAAUUCAAUUAAGUACACAUGUUACAAUCUUCUCAAUAUUUAUUAAUAGCAUAUAAAAACAUUAAGGGUUCUCAAGAACUAGGCUUCACUUGCUUCCUCCUACUCCUAGAUCUAGGAGCAGGAGCACUUCUUCUUACAGAGCUGAGCAACAUUUAACAUAACCGAGUUUGACACCCCUGCUUUAACAUCUGAUGUUAGAUUCAUACACUUUAACAUUUGAUGCUGAUUUCAUCCACCAUUCCCAAUGACACUUAUAAGGAAAUUUCAUCUAAAUUCUAAAUGAUGAAUCCUAAACUUGUGGACAAGGCUAUUUUUAACCAAGUGCUAAUAGUGGUGCUAAUAGUUGUGCUAAUAGUGGUGCUAAUAGUGGUGCCUGGUUGUCUUGUACCAUCCCACAAUUUUACCCUUACAAGUUAUGCUAAUCAAAUAACCAUUUUGCACCCAACCCUAACCAUGACCCUAACCUCAACCCUAACCCUAAUCCAACGCUAACCCUAACCCCUUAUGAACAUUGAUCUAGUUUAAAAAUGUUUGUCUUUUAGGAAUAUUUAUCUAUGUGCUGGAAAUUAAUAUGUACAAUGUAAUCAAAUAAAAUUUUAUUUAUUAUUAUAUGGGAGUAGCAUUGAGAUUUGAAAAAACGUUGAUUGAAAGGUGAUUUCAUUAAAAGUAAAUAGUUUUUUUUUGUAUUUCUUGUGCUUUCAUAAUGAAAGGAUAAAAUAUUGGGGUCUGCGUCAAUCUGUGUGAAGUAAAUAGUGAAAAAGAUAUGUUCAGGUUUAAAUGAAAAAAAACAGAACACUUAAAAGUAUGUUUUGGAUAAAUGCUUACUUCAGCAGAAAAUGCAAAUCAAGAAAUAACAAAUUAUAUGAAAUUAAAAAUUUAAGAGUUCCCAGAUCAAUGUGUCAUUUUCGUUGAAAGUGCAAAUAAAUAUUCAAUACUGUUUGAGCCAUGACAUUGCUCAGCUAUUGUUAAAGGCUUAUGAUUACGGUUCUUUUCUUGUAUUAAAAUGCUACAUAAAGGGUAUGCCAAGGGCUUAACAGUUAUUUUUUUUUAUAAAUAAAAUGCAAACGAGAUAUGCUAAAGCUUUUCUGAUUCUUGUUCAAUUAAAGCUAUAAACAGGAUAUGCUAAAGGCUAAAGCACUUCUGAUUCUUGUUCAAUUAAAGCUAUAAACAGGGUAUGCUAAAGGCUAAAGCACUUCUGAUUCUUGUUCAAUUAAAGCUAUAAACAGGGUAUGCUAAAGGCUAAAGCACUUCUGAUUCUUGUUCAAUUAAAGCUAUAAACAGGGUAUGCUAAAGGCUAAAGCACUUCUGAUUCUUGUUCAAUUAAAGCUAUAAACAGGGUAUGCUAAAGGCUAAAGCACUUCUGAUUCUUGUUCAAUUAAAGCUAUAAACAGGGUAUGCUAAAGGCUAAAGCAGAUGAUGAUGAAACAACACAGCUGAUUGAAGGGGCAACAGCUGGAAUGAUUGCUACAGUUGAAGCCCAGGGAGUUGAUGCCCUUGAGGACUGGGAGGUGGAUGAACUUCUUGACUGGACAACUGGGCUCAACUUUGAUGAGUUAGUUUGAGAUAUUUACUCUAUGACAACUAAAUCAAAUUAUUUUUUAAUUAUAUUUUUUCCAUUAAACAUUAUUUGUUGAAAUAUUAAAAGAGAAGUCAUACACCAGCUAGUCUUGUAUGAAUAAAUAAUUUACUUAAGUCAGACACGAACUAGCCAUAUAUGAAUAAAAGGCUUAAGUCAGACACCAGCUAGCCAAUUAGCCAUAUAUGAAUAAUAUAAUUAAGCCAGACACCAAGUAGCCUAGAAGCCAUAUAUGAAUAAUAUCCCUAAGUCAGACACCAGCUAGCCUUAUAUGAAUAAAAUGUUUGAGUCAGACACAAAAUAGCCUUAACUGAAUAAGAUACUUAAUGUCCCACGUUCCCUCUUUCUCAACUGUUUGGUUUAGAUGUUAAAUUUUUCAUGUCUGGCUCUUUUGCCAACUUUUCCCAGUUGUUAAAACAAUUCAUAACACUUUAUAGUCAGUUCAAAGAAAAUCUUAUUGUGAAUGUUUUAAUUUCAAUCAUUUUCAGGUACAGAAACACAUGGAUGGAUUUAGCAACAAGUGCGGCAUCCCAGAAAUUUAUAGGUGAAUGUUCUCUUUAGUGCACUAGUUGAAACCAAUUAAAAUGAAGUGUUCAGUGCUUAAAAUACAAUAAAGCAUAAUUUCAGGAUUUUUUUCAAAAUAAAUUGGAAAAUUUCCAGAAGAUGUUCAUAUGAAAUUCUAUUUUAAUGAAUGGGGUUGGGGGGGGGGGGUGGCAGGAGAAGAGACAAGGUAGAAAUAAGGGGAGGUGCAGGGUUCAAAUAGGGGUGGGGCAGGGUUCUAUAAGGUGGACAGGAUUCAAUAAAGGGGCCAUGAGGAGGGGCAGGGUGCCAAUAGGGAUGAGUCUCAGUGGGGCUGGGCAGGAAAAGGGCCUGGGGUCCUGUGAAGACAGAAUACAAACAAAAGAGAUAAAUGAUAAUCCUAUACAGGUGUAACUAUAAAUAAUAUAUUACAAAAGAUAUCUCAAAGUCAAUUACUAGUAAUGUCUUAUAGUCUAUUUUAAGGUAUAUGAUCAUCUUUUACAAGAGAUAAUAGAUAAUCUAUUACAAAGGAAAUCUUAUAGUCAAUUCCAAGGGAUAUUAUAGUAUAAUGGUUAUCUAAUAUUUGAUGGUCUGUAAACUAAAACACCAAGUAUUUGAUUAUUGAUGGUCUUUUCACUGUUUCACCAAGUAUUUGUUAUUUGAAGAUCUGUUGACUGAUACCCUUAGAUCUGUUGACUGUUACCCUUAUAUCUGAACAUAUUGCUAUACAGUAUUCACUAAGGUGAUUUAUAAUUUUAAAGUCUUGCAUAAAUUUGACAUUUCUUACAGAAGACAAAUUCAGAAUCUCAACAACCCGCUCUGAUCCAUUUGAGUUGAGUUUAUCGACAGGCCCAUCCCGCUUCACAUCAACUCGACAGUCUCGUGUCACUACUGGUUCUAUUAUUAGUGAAGGUUCUAGGGGGAAGUCAAUGGUAAAAAUUUAAAAGCUUUCAGAACAACUAAAUUUUUAACUAAAAUUCCAACUUGGCCAUUUUAAUAAUAUCAGAUAGUAAUUUUGCGUUUUAUGUCAGUAUUUUAGGCUCCAAGAAUUUUCAAGAAAAAUUAAAAUUGUAACAGUAAAACUCUGUAAUUUAAUGCUAUUGAAUGAAUGAUUCUAUAAAUUAAAAUUGUAACAGUAAAACUCUGUAAUUUAAUGCUAUUGAAUGAAUGAAUAUAUACAUUAAAAUUGUUACAGUAAAACUCUGUAAUUUAAUGUUGUUGAAUUAAUGAUUCUAUAAAUUAAAAUUGUUACAGUAAAACUCUGUAAUGUAAUGUUUUUAAAUGAAUGAUUCUAUAAAUUAAUUUUUAACUCUAUAUCUCACACAUGUCAAAUAGGACAAAGUACUAAUAACUAAGUGAGUUAAUAAAUGUAUUUUUGUAACCUAUUUCCUCUCGCCUUCUAAACAAAAAUUCAUUUAAUGAGUAUUACUACUAUUACUGCCAUUGACAUCAUAAGAAACAGAAAUUUGAUCUGUUCUGUUUUUGAUGACAUCCCAAGCUCCCAUGACUGCUUUUAAGAAGCUUAUGGGCUUCUGAACAUUGGUAACAAAGUUUAAAGAAUAAUGACUUGCUUGAUGGGCUUUUGAAAAUUGGUAAGUAAGUUAAAGCAUGAUGGCUUGCUUAAUGGGCUUUUGAACAUUGGUAAGGAAGUUAAAGCAUGAUGGCUUGCUUGAAAUUAUGACAUGGGCUUUAAAAUAUUUUUUUUUAAAUUCAGGGCUUGUGAAGAGAGUUAAUAUGCCAGUGAUACAAAACUGCAAAAUGUUUCAAAUGUUCAUGAAUUAUUUUAAGUCUCACAAAAAGCUGGAAACUGUUUCUUAUUGUAAAUUUUAAUAUUUUUUGUGUUUAAUCAAAUUUAAUUUUCUAAAAAAAAUAAUCCAUAUUUGAAAUAUAGUGAACUAUAAUGUGGCAGAUCCCAACACCCC